AUGUUAGAGAAUAGCUUAGGUGAUUUAUGCAAAUGUUGGGAGGCUAUGAAUGACAACAUCAAGAUACAAGUGGGCAACAUUAGAGCUUCAUUUCAGAAGAGUUUUUAUGAAGUUGAGCAUGCACAUACUAGUCCUUUUUAUUCAAAUUUGCGUGGUUCAGUAUCAAGAGCUGCAUUGAGGCAGAUUGCUGAAGAGUGGUUGAGGAUUGACAUGGUGGGUACCGAUACGCAAAAGUGCGGAUGUACUCAUAGAAAAGUAUAUGGGUUACCAUGUGCUUGUGAGUUAGGGAGAUAUACAUUGAGUGGUGAUGCGAUACCAAUUGAGGCUAUUCAUAUUCAUUGGAGGAAACUAAGUAUGAAAGGAAAUCAAGAUAUAGAUGCAGAUGAUGGAUCAGAAAUAGACAUGACAAAUGCAAUCGAUGAAAUUUGGAAAAUGUGGAGGUCAUUAGAUGUUGUCGGAAAAAGAGCAUUAAAAAGCAGAGUGUGUGAGAUUGCUUAUCCAACUACAACAAAGAUGUGUCCACCGCCUGAAAAAAUUAAAACCAAAGGAGGGGUUAAGAAAAAAGGGAAGAGACCUGUGGGAUAUGAUGUUUAUCGUGAUCCUUCAGGAUAUGAGUAUGUUGAUCAAUCACAUUUGAGUUCUCAAAAAUCUUCAAAGAGGUUAUAUUCACAACUAUCUCAAACCUCAAAAAAUAGAGAAUUUGAUAAAUACAUUGUACAAUUUCCAGAUUACAUCAGACCAUUUAUUGAUGACAUUGUUGAUGUAAUGGAUGAUGGAAAUUGUGGUUUUAGAGCCAUUGCAUCUUUGCAUGGUUAUGGCACAGAUGGAUGGUCAAUGGUUCGUCGGGAUUUGGAGAAAGAGAUUAUAGGUCCUAGAAGCAAGUUGUAUGAGGAUUUAUUUGGUCAACGCCUUCCAACAGUGAGAUCAUCGUUGGUGAUAGAAAAUUUAGGUCAACAACCACCAAAUAAAUGGAUGACGUUACCUGAGUUGGGCUAUGUAAUAGCUAAUCGGUAUAAUGUUGUUCUCGUCUCUUUAGGUCACCUUAGUUUGAGUUACUUUCCUAUGACGAGUGCACAUUCACCUAAUGCAUCCAUUUACUGUAUCGGCUUUGUCAAUGGAAAUCAUUGGGUUCAGGUAAACAUGAAUGAAGGAUUCCCGUUGCCACCUGUCACAACUGAUUGGACGAAAUAUCGCACAAAAGAUGCAACUUCUUGGAUGGUAGGAUUUGCCGGGCGGUUACAACAUUGGCAACGGCUAAUGCCUAUACUACCAAAACAUGUCAGCUUAGAUUGA